AUGGCUGCCGGAAAAACUUCUCGUAGAGGUCUCAAACUAUGCUGUGUUUCAACGGCAGUUUUCUUAGUUAUCAUUGCAGUUGUUGUCAUAGCCUUGGUCUUCACCAUCUUCAAGCCUAAAGACCCCAAAAUCUUCCUCCACCCAGAUGGCCUCCAAAACAUUAGGCCCUCAAUUUUUAUGAAUGCUACAGUGAAUGUCACGUUCAGCACGGUUAUCUCAAUUGAGAAUCCAAACUAUGGAAGCUUCAAGUUCAAGAACACUUCUGUUUAUGUCAAUUACCAUGGGGAUGUGGCCGGGGAAGCUCCGAUUGUCGGACGACGGGUCGCUGCCCGAGACAAGCUUAACAUAACAACUGCUGUGAGUCUUGUGCCCCUUAAGUUGAUGGAGAAUCCUCAUUUUCUUGGUGAUCUUGGAGCUGGGAGCUUCAAUCUGACUUCAACAGCCACUUUGCCUGGGAAAGUGAGGUUCCUCAAUAUCUUCAAGCUGCAUGCCACGGUUUAUAAUAGGUGUAACAUAUCUGUUUUCCUUCAAUCUCAGAGUGUUGACUCCAUAUGUGAGACCAAACUCAAGAUAUAA